UCACGUGACAAGAGUGACUUCAACCGCGCUGUGUGUUUUUUUUUUUUUUUUUUUACUUCUAGCAGAAGAAACUCGGCGUUUCGGAAUGUCUUUGGAAGAUCCGUUUUUUGUAGUGAAAGGGGAAGUGCAGAAAGCCGUGAACACUGCCCGUGGGCUCUAUCAGCGAUGGACAGAACUUCUCGAAGAGUCGACAUUUGUCAGCAAGGAGGAAUUUGACUGGACCACCAAUGAAUUAAGAAACAGCUUGCGGUCCAUCGAAUGGGACCUUGAAGAUCUGGAAGAAACCAUUGGCAUUGUACAAUCAAACCCACGAAAGUUCAAGAUUGAGGAAAAUGAGCUGGCAGAGAGGAAAGCCUUUGUGGAGAGAAGUAGGGAUGCCGUCAAGGAAAUGAAAGAUCACAUUUCAAGUCCGUCGGCGAUGGCAGUAGUGAAAAAGAAAAGUCGACAGGCACUUAUGUCAGGAGAUGGACAUCGCAGUGGGAUUCAGUCUGACCGCUACACUCGUCUUGACCAGGAUCUCAUCAUGGGAAACUCCCGAUAUAUAGAGGACCAGCAAGCACAGCAACAGUUAAUAAUGGAUCAGCAGGAUGAACAGCUUGAACUGGUGUCUGGCAGUAUUCGUGUUCUGAAAGAUAUGUCGGGGCACAUUGGAGACGAACUGGAUGAGCAAUCAGUGAUGCUUGCAGAAUUUUCUGAAGAAAUGGACCAGACCAGCUCCCGAAUGGAUGGCGUGUUGAAGAGGCUGGAGAAAGUGUCCCACAUGACAAGCAGCCGUCGGCAGUGGUGUGCCAUCAUCGUCUUGGUAGUGAUAUUGGUGUUGGUGGUCAUCUUGCUUUUCGCUCUUUGAAGAGCGUUUAAGUGUCUCUGGUUGCAAUGAAAUUUCGCUGCAAGAAGUAACGAGGCUAAACCGUCUAAGAGGAAUUGCUAAUGAGUUCAUCCUUCACGGGAGAAAUUCUAGAGGAACCAAAUCAGAUAAGAAGACACUUAAGAGGCAGAAAAGUGAUACUUUUUGUAUCAGUUUUCACAAGUAUUUUUAUAUUUAUUGUUUUUGUAAAGACUGCAUUUUAACAGUGACGACUUACCUGUAGCAUCUGGACAAAGAGGGCUUUAGGACUUGCCUCCCUAGCCGCCUUGUAGAUUUGCUGCUGCUGGCCAGUGGCAGAUACACUGUGAGGAGUGGGGAUGUUGCCUGUCCUCCACUGCUUGGACUCGUUCAACAAGUGACCUUAUUCAGCAAAUAACUGAACAAAUGCAUUCUCCUGGUGGUUGCCCUCACACGAUGGAUGGGCCUGCCUAUAAAUGCAGAGUAACGAGUUGGCGUAGUCCGGUUUAUGUGUGAGUGGUUUGUGGAAGGAGGGGAGUUCCUUCAGAAGAACUAACUUUUAAAAUACGGUACACAUGUUCUGAGCUUCCUUGUAGUAUAAAAAUCAUAAAAUCACUCUUGAUAGAAAGAAUUGCAGGUGAUCCUACACUAUAUCUAAUAUCAUUAAAAGUUGUUUUUUUUUAAUAUAGGAAAAAAUGUUUUAUGUUCUGAAUAUUAAGCUGCCAAAAAUAAAUAUGGCUUUUCUAAUA